GACACCGUCCCGUUACCGUGCAAAAUAUAGGCGGUGGUGGGGAUUUUUGCAUCAUAACCCAAUAAAAAUCCAACAACAAAAGACACAGACGCACACAGGGAAAACCUUACACCCGGGUGCGCUGCUGUACUCGGAACUCUCUGUCUUGGGGUUCGCGGUUGCACCGGGGGACGUGUUUCGCCGAACACCUCCUGGCGACGUCAUUAUUUUUUUUUUUCCUCCACCGCAGCAGAAGCGGCGGAUCAGAUCCGCCGCUCAGAGCAACGCAGCUAAGGGACAGAAAGAGAGAGAGAAAGAGAGGGAGGGGGUAGAGAGCUUUGGAGGAAACGGAAUCCCAAUCCUGUCAAGAAACGAGUGGCGAAAACAGAGAAAGAUCCCCGUCCGGAGCGCAUUUCCAUGAUUCGGAGUGAAGGGCAGGCGGCGGUCGGGCGAUGGUCCUCUGGUGACGUGGGCUCUUAACACUUGUUUCACGGGGCAACUGCUGGAGCCGCCACACGUGUUCUGGAGGAAAAGGACGGGAUUUUUUUAAAUACUUUUUUUUUGGGGGGGGGGGUUGACGUGGUUGUUUCUUCAGCGCUGCGCCUCAUGGGGGAGUAGCUUUUAAUUGUCUCGUUUAAAAGGAAGGAAUAUUUAAAACCGGUCGCAAAGAAAGGAAAAAAACGACGGGAAGGGACAGACGAUGUCGUCGAACAGAAGUCAGAACCCGCAUGGGCUGAAACAGAUUGGGCUGGACCAGAUCUGGGAUGAUCUUCGCGCGGGAAUACAGCAGGUCUAUACCAGACAGAGCAUGGCCAAGUCUCGAUACAUGGAACUCUACACACAUGUCUACAACUACUGUACCAGUGUGCAUCAGUCAAACCAGGCCAGAGGUGCUGGGGUUCCCCCUUCCCGGCCUUCCAAGAAGGCACAGACCCCCGGAGGGGCUCAGUUUGUGGGACUGGAGCUCUACAAGAGACUGAAGGAAUUCCUGAAGAACUACCUGACAAACCUGCUCAAGGACGGGGAAGACCUGAUGGACGAGAGCGUUCUCAAGUUCUACACGCAGCAGUGGGAGGACUACAGGUUCUCCAGCAAAGUAUUGAACGGUAUCUGCGCCUACCUCAACCGACACUGGGUCCGCCGCGAAUGUGACGAGGGACGCAAGGGAAUCUACGAAAUCUACUCGCUCGCCUUGGUGACAUGGAGAGAAUGCUUAUUUAGACCUUUAAAUAAACAAGUGACGAAUGCAGUAUUGAAGCUGAUUGAAAAGGAAAGGAAUGGGGAGACCAUCAACACAAGGCUGAUCAGUGGAGUAGUCCAGUCCUAUGUUGAACUUGGGUUGAAUGAAGAUGAUGCCUUUGCAAAGGGACCUACAUUAUCUGUGUACAAAGAAUACUUUGAGACUCAGUUCCUAGCAGAUACCGAGCGGUUUUAUACCAGGGAAAGCACAGAGUUCUUGCAACAAAAUCCUGUUACGGAGUACAUGAAAAAGGCCGAGGCCCGCUUGCUGGAGGAGCAGAGGCGAGUGCAGGUCUACCUGCACGAGAGCACGCAGGACGAGCUGGCGCGCAAGUGUGAGCAGGUCCUCAUCGAGAAGCACCUGGAGAUCUUCCACACCGAGUUCCAGAACCUGCUGGACGCCGACAAGAACGAAGAUUUGGGCCGGAUGUACAAUCUGGUCUCCAGAAUCCUGGACGGUCUGGGGGAGUUAAAGAAGCUGCUGGAGACGCACAUACACAACCAGGGACUCGCUGCCAUUGAGAAGUGUGGAGAAGCCGCCCUCAAUGAUCCCAAGAUGUAUGUACAGACUAUUUUGGACGUUCACAAGAAGUACAAUGCACUAGUAAUGUCAGCGUUCAACAAUGAUGCCGGCUUUGUGGCUGCAUUAGACAAGGCCUGCGGUCGGUUUAUUAAUAACAAUGCCGUGACCAAGAUGGCCCAGUCUUCGAGCAAGUCUCCAGAGCUGCUGGCGCGGUACUGUGACUCCCUGCUGAAGAAAAGCUCUAAAAACCCUGAAGAGGCAGAGUUGGAGGACACCUUAAACCAAGUGAUGGUGGUCUUUAAAUACAUUGAAGACAAAGAUGUGUUUCAAAAAUUUUAUGCCAAAAUGCUAGCAAAGAGAUUGGUGCAUCAGAACAGUGCCAGUGAUGAUGCAGAGGCCAGCAUGAUCUCCAAGCUAAAGCAAGCAUGUGGCUUCGAGUACACCUCCAAACUGCAGCGCAUGUUCCAGGACAUCGGCGUCAGCAAAGACUUGAACGAGCAGUUUAAAAAGCACCUGUCCAACUCUGAGCCCCUGGACUUGGAUUUCAGCAUACAGGUUCUCAGCUCGGGCUCCUGGCCAUUCCAGCAGUCCUGCACGUUUGCUUUGCCGUCUGAGCUGGAAAGGAGUUACCAAAGAUUCACAGCCUUUUAUGCCAGCAGACACAGUGGGCGCAAGCUGACCUGGCUCUACCAGUUAUCGAAAGGAGAGCUGGUCACCAACUGCUUUAAGAACAGGUACACCCUGCAGGCGUCCACGUUCCAGAUGGCGAUCCUCCUGCAGUACAACACGGAAGACAUCUACACCGUGCAGCAGCUGACGGACAGCACGCAGAUUAAGACAGAUGUUUUGGUGCAGGUAUUACAGAUCCUAUUAAAAUCCAAAUUACUGGUCUUGGAAGACGAAAACGCAAAUGUUGACGAAGUUGAGUUCAAGCCUGAUACUUUAAUAAAACUUUUUCUCGGAUACAAAAAUAAGAAGUUGCGAGUCAACAUCAAUGUGCCAAUGAAGACGGAGCAGAAGCAGGAGCAGGAGACCACUCACAAAAACAUCGAGGAGGACAGGAAGCUGCUGAUCCAGGCUGCCAUCGUAAGAAUCAUGAAGAUGAGGAAAGUUUUAAAACACCAGCAGCUGCUUGCAGAGGUACUAAACCAGCUGUCCUCUAGGUUUAAACCCCGGGUGCCCGUAAUCAAGAAAUGCAUCGACAUACUGAUAGAAAAGGAAUAUUUAGAACGCGUCGAUGGAGAAAAGGAUACCUACAGCUACUUGGCUUAAAUGUUUUUUUUUUCUCCCUGUUUUAAUUUUUUCUUUUUUUUUUUUCGAAGUGUCUGAGUAAUAAACUUCAUUCCUUUUGACAUUCGGCCAGCGUUUAGGAAUGUGAGCACAGAGCGGGAAAGAACGGAAGAGAACGCAGUCUGAAUCUCCGUUUGCAGCUCGCUGGGGCCACCGAGCCGGAUCUCCCUUUAAACUCCGAGACUGGGGAAAGCUGCCAGCCAGUGUCCGAAAUUCACACCCGAACUGCUCAGGAUCGAUCUCUGCAUUUUAAUGUGUAAAUAUGGACACAGACCUCUACUCUUACCUAGCAAACUCGACAUUACAGACCGGAUCCAAAAACCACCUGCGUCAGGGGUUGCAUGCUACUGCCUAUCUGCAUAUAAGCAAAAACUAAAACAUGAAAUUAAACCGCUAUGAAAAAGAAAAAAUGACUGCUGCUUUUAGUGGCGGUUGCAAUUUAAGUUAAAUACAUUUAAAAAUAAAAGUAAUUUAUGAAUGCAAUUUUGGCAGCACUUUCAGAGAGCAUACUAGAGUGUGGGAAUGGGCCCUUAGACCUGUGUGAUCUGCAUUGUUACCUGCUACAAGAAAACCAUUUGUAUAGUGGCGUUCAUUUUUUAAUUGUGUGAAAAAUAAAAAUUAAAAGUUUCUGUAAGGUU